GGAGGGGGGGAAAAAAAAAAAACACAAAAAACCUACUACGCCACCAUUUCCGCCUUGCCGGGCCAACAAACGUGCAAAGAUGGAGAAAGACGCACGUCCCGGCAGCGCCUACGUCCCCAAAACGCGCAAGUGCGAGCGAGGUCCCGCCCCCUCGCGCCCCCAGCGAGGCGCGCGCACCAGAAACCAGCCCCCCGCUGGCGCCGCCCCGGGCUUCCGCCCCGAGGCCCGACGGUCGCUGUUCGGUUCCGGUUCUAGUCCCGCCCUCACGCGGGAACCCUCCAGAAAUCUUAAUAUCCGGGACCCGAGGCCGCCGGCAGCGCGCAUUUCCGGCGACAGAAAGGAUCCGGUGACGCCUCUUCCCUUCUCUCCUGCCGCCCAGGCUCCGGCUCUCGGUGCGGCAGCGCCAUCUGGUGCCGAGUGUCUCGCCGCCCGCGGAGGGGGCGCGCGCCUUUCGGAACCUUCCAGAGAAAACGCGGCCCCGGUUCUGCUCUGUCCCGCCCUCGGGAAGGGAGCGACCAGAGGCUCCGCCCUGCCGAGUUCCCGCGCAGGAGGUCUAAGCUCAAUAUGACCUCCUCGAGGGGCGUUUUUCCGGCAGUCUUAUGACCACCACCACCCCACCUCAAGCCUGCUCCAGCCUCAGGCUCCUCAGUCCAGUGAUUCUUCACCAGCUGAAGAUACCAGGAAGGAAGAAGCAAAAAUAUUCUUGUUGUGAUGCAAUUGUAGAGUAGCUCAAAAGUCUUCUUUUACUUGGACAUGCUAAAUGAAAUCAGUAGGCUCACAAUUUGGGGAAAAAUCAAUUUUAAAAAUGUGUCAUUCAGGCACCAGUGGUAGCUGUUUUUUUCUCUAGCAAAAUGGCAUUCUGGGGCCAGCUAAUCCGGAGUUAGCCUUCCUCCUUCCCCCUCAACUUCACCAUUGCCUCUUAAACAAACUUCCCAUGUACUCGAAGCUGAGAAACUAUGUCUAUAAUCCAAAUAAAAUAUCUAAAUCUUGAUUACUCACGGGCUUAAAUCAUACCUGAUAUAGUUUCACAUUCUGUUCUUGGAUAACAAUCUUCAUUAAAUUCCAGAGACGCCAAUGCUCUGUUUGAACAGAGCUUUUGAAAAAGUUGAGAGGUCCUCAGACGACCUUUGAGGGAGGGGAAUAGAGGCUAGAUAUGUAGGCGGGCAGGACCAGCGAUGCUGUGUCCAGGAUGGAGCCCUUUGCCAGCUAGGUUCCAGCUGACUUGUCCUAGAGCAGUUUGUCUUCACUAAACUCAUGUCUCUUUACGUCGGUAACAUUAGGCAAGGUUUAAUUUUUUGAAAUAGCAAUAUUAUCUGUGCUACUUCUCUUAGUUUCUGAUGGUUUAGAAAGACAUUUCUAACAGUUAAAACUGCUCUAAUUAUUAAAUUUAUUCAAUUAAAAAAAUCUCUUUAGUUGUAAUAAUUUCAGGUCAGUGUGAAAGAUCCUGAGUCUUAUAGUCUGCUUGGCUUUCUGCCUUCACUUGCUGGUCCUGGCCAGGUCUAGCCCCUUUCUGGUGCACAGUUUUCUCUGAACCAUAGUUGCACUGGUGGUUCUUGCUGCUGUGUUUGGGAGAUACACUAAAUAACUCUUUGAUUUGUGCUGUUAGUUCCUUGAUGGUGUUGCUUCCUUGGUAGGGCUUGCAACUUUAUCAAAUAAAGAUAUAGCCAGUUAAAGCUGAAUUUCAGAUAAACAACAACUAAAUUUUAUAAGUAUGUUCCAUGUAAUAUUUGGGAUAUACUUACUCUAAGAUUUUUUUCAUUGUUUAUCUGAAAUUCACAUUUAACUGGAUGCCCUUCACUUUAACUGACAACUCUAUUCUUUGGAUUUCUGCCAGAAAGGUACUCAAAGAAUAGGCACUCAUAGUGACAUUAACUAAUAAAAACAGAAUCAACUAUUCUUGAAUCCAGACAGCCUGGCUCGAAUGCCAGUAAGCAUCAUGGGGGUCUGAGCCCUGUGAUUUGCAGAUACCUAAAUUGGACACCAAAGUGCAAUGUUUGAGUUAUAAGAAAAGAGAUGAAGAGGAUUUGCCUUUCAACUUCCAGUUCUCUUUUGGAAGCAGAUGUUGAUAAAAGUUACCUUCCCAGGUGAUCAAUCUGAAAAGCAUGGUUUGUAAGGCCAGAAAAGGGAAAAGAAGUAAGACAAUAAGGCAAGUAAUGACACACACUAAAUUUUGUUAAUUCUGAAAUUUUGAGGGUGAGUAGGAACUCCACUAGGGAGUGUAUGUAUGUAAGUUUUGGGGGGGGUGAAGGAGGAGGACAGGGUGAGGGAAUGGGAAUCUGACCUACCAGAAAGAAAAAAAUAAUUCCGAUUACAUUCUAAUAUAAGCUCACAGAUAUAGCACCAUUGAAGUAAUUUAUUUCCUGUUCAACCCCAAAACUAUUUACCAGGGAUUCCAGAGAGUUGAGAGUUAUCACACUUUUAUUAAUUUGAUUAUACAUAGACAUGCUAUGGCAUGAACAAAGUGAUGGUAAAUAGGCUUUGUCUUGAAAAUUUUAUAAUCAAAAGACCACCAGAAAUUCUGGCAAAAUAAUCUUUGGAAGCAUUAAUAUUCUUUUCCUAAACAGACUUGACCAUAGCAGCUUGGAAGUCGUCGGUAUGAGUCUGGUCAGGGGGACAGGACACCACUGAUUUGCUCUGUGGUUCUCAGCAAAUCAAGUACCUUUGCUUUGCCAUCUUGUUCCCCUCUUUGUCUUACUCUGAAAAGUCAAGGGUUUGUUAUGUACCUCAGUGUGGCCUAGGUAGGCUCCACUGAGGAUAUAAAAGAAGAUGAUGGAGUGCCUGUUCUCGAGAACUUUCCACUCCAGUUCUGAUAAAGAGGGAAAAAAACUUCUCCCUCUUUACCAAACGGGGAUUCUAGGCUUUUAGCUGCUUUCUGAGGAAACAAAUUGAAAUCUGUGCAACUAGGGGGUGCAUCAUGCUUUAUACCUUCUCAAUAGUUGCCUCAGAAGACAAGGGGUUAAAAUUACUGUUUAAAGCUCAUACCCAUUAAUGUGAAAAUAGCUACAACCCCAUUACUCAAAUGGGUAAGGAGACAUAAACAUUUUCCUAGAGGGGAAAUACAAAAAGGUAGUGAAAAUCUGAAAAAGGAUGGUCUCAAUAGCAGUAAACAAUCACAAGUUAAAAUCAGACACUGUUUUCUCCAUAAAUUUGGUGAGGUUUUGAGAACAUCAAAUUCAGUGUUCGUAAGAGUGAGGAAUGGGGUUUAUUCCCAUUAAUUGCCAUUAGUAGUUUGAAUUAAAACUAUAUUCUAGGAAACAAUUUUCUAAUAUCAAACAAUAUUGCUUUCAAUGAUAGAAAUCUUAGAGCCAUUCUCAGUGAAUGAUCAAGACACUUUAUGGGCAAAAAAUAACAGCAUUUAUUUAUUUUCAGUUUUUAUUUAUUUAUUUUAUUUUUAUUUUUAUUUUUAUUUUGCUUUUUAGGGCUGCACCUGAGACAUACAGAAGUUCCCAGG